AUGAAAGGAAUCAUACCAUUCAUUGAUGAAUCUAGUGAAAGUGAGAAGGAUGAUGAGUACCGGUCGGAGCCGGGUUUACUGAUAUUAAGACGAGGCGAAGAAGACGAAGGCGUUGAUCGUGGUCGAUAUAAAGAGCAGAAAACUGCUCUGUUAACAUUUCUACAAGUAUCUAGCAAUGAUAGAGAAAUUUGGUCUACACUGAACUAUAAUAAUUUAACUAAAAAAUCGAAAAAUCCGUUUCUGUCUACUGCUCGAUAUGUUAUUAAAACUGUACUUUUAUUUCUUGCUUCCAAUGAUAUUACUGAUAUCAAACGUGAUCUAUUCGAUACAAAAAACGAUUCGAAAUCCUGUUUGAUAGAUGGGAGAUUCCUGGCAGUAAUGGAUGGUAUAAAAUACGGAACUGGACGUCAGGUUGAACGUGCUUCAUCGACUUUGGCAAGAUUUAGUGAUUUUCAGGUGGAACAUUUUAUAGACUUUGUCUUAUCACGACAUAGUUGUACUGAUCUGCCUUUUGUCGAACAGUGUCUACGUCUUUCGACUGGUGUUGAACUUUACGUUCCAAAUACAAUCAGAAAUAUGAUACCUUCGAGACUUGUUGAUCAAUAUUUUGAGUACGUUGCUGAAAAUAAUCCGGGUUUUCUUCCACGUGGUCGUACAAGUCUUUUAUCAUUACUAAAUUCGUGUAAAGCGUCCACAAGACACAGUUUACAAGGAGUGAACUAUUUUGCAGCUAACGCUAGUCUGGCAUAUGAUAAUCUUAUUGACAUGAUGAAUGAUCUAUCAUUGGAUAGUGAUUCAAAAAAAAACUCGUUGAUGAUGUAA